AGAAGGGGCGGGGCUACGUCCUCGUUAAGAAUGGAGUACAGAUGCCAAUCACAGAAACUACAUUCACGUCUACUAGUGCGGCGGCUGUGGUGGCUGCGGGAGGGAGGUCUAUCAGGGAGAGCCCACUAUAGAGCCACACAGGAAGGGAGCUUCCAGUCACCGCUCAGCCAGCUCUGCACCACACACAGCCAUCUGAUCGGAAUGGGGAGUGAGCUGCAUCCUCGUAACGGAAACGGCACUGUGCGGGGUCCUCAUGCACUUUAUUUUGAAACACUAUCAAGGCAGAAAGUUGUCAUGGAGAAGAAAGCAAACCAAAGAAAACUUCGAGUAUGUGUGGCUACCUGCAACAGGGCAGAUUACUCCAAGCUGGCUCCUAUUAUGUUUGGCAUCAAAGCAGAAUCGGACAACUUUGAACUGAGUGUAGUGGUUAUAGGAUCUCACCUGAUUGAUGACUAUGGGAAUACAUAUAGAAUGAUUGAGCAAGACGAUUUUGAUAUACAGGCGAGACUACAUACCAUUGUGAGGGGCGAGGAUGAAGCUGCCAUGGUGGAGUCAGUAGGCCUUGCUUUGGUGAAAUUGCCAGAUGUUUUAAACCGGUUACAGCCAGACAUAAUAGUUGUCCACGGGGAUAGAUUUGAUGCUCUAGCUUUAGCUACAACCGCUGCCUUGAUGAACAUAAGAAUUCUUCAUAUAGAAGGAGGUGAAGUCAGUGGAACAAUAGAUGACUCAAUCAGACAUUCCAUCACUAAACUGGCCCAUUACCAUGUGUGCUGCACCCGUAGUGCAGAACAGCACCUCAUUGCCAUGUGUGAGGACCAUGACCGCAUCCUCUUGGCUGGCUGCCCCUCUUAUGACAAGCUUCUCAAUUUGAAAAACAAGGACUACAUGGGCGUGAUCAAGAAAUGGCUUGGUGAUGAUGUGAAGCCUGAGGAAUAUAUUGUCGCUUUGCAGCAUCCAGUCACCACCGAUAUUAAACAUUCAGUGAAGAUGUUUGAAUUUACUUUGGAUGCACUGAUUUCAUUCAAUAAGAAAACCUUGAUUCUCUUCCCAAACAUUGAUGCGGGAAGUAAAGAAAUGGUACGAGUAAUUAGGAAGAAAGGAGUGGAACACCAUCCCAACUUCCGAGCAGUGAAGCAUGUACCAUUUGAACAGUUCAUACAGUUGGUUGCUCAUGCAGGAUGUAUGAUUGGGAACAGCAGCUGUGGCGUGCGGGAAGCAGGAGCUUUUGGAACCCCAGUGAUCAAUUUAGGAACGCGUCAGACAGGCAGAGAAACAGGUGAAAAUGUCCUUCAUGUUCGAGAUGCAGACACAGAGAAUAAAAUCGUUCAUGCACUUCAGCUGCAGUUUGGAAAACGUUACCCUUGCUCAAAGAUUUAUGGGGAUGGAAAUUCUGUCCCGAGGAUUGUGAAGUUUUUGAAGUCAAUCAAUUUGUCAGAACCGUUACAGAAGAAGUUUUGCUUUCCUCCUGUAAAAGAAAACAUCUCUCAAGACAUUGAUCAUAUUUUGGAAACGCUGAGCGCUUUGGCUGUUGAUCUAGGAGGGACAAACCUCAGGAUAGCAAUUGUUAGCAUGAAGGGGCAGAUUAUUAAGAAAUAUGUACAACCCAAUCCUAAGACAUAUGAGGAUAGGAUAAAUGUAAUUAUAAAGAUGUGUGUUGAAGCAGCAUCAGAAGCAGUUACUCUGAACUGCAGAAUACUUGGAGUGGGUAUUUCUACAGGUGGACGUGUAAACCCACAAGAGGGUGUAGUACUUCAUUCUACAAAGUUGAUUCAAGAAUGGUGCUCAGUUGACCUGCGAACCCCCAUAUCUGACACACUGCAUCUACCAGUGUGGGUGGAUAAUGAUGGAAAUUGUGCUGCGUUGGCAGAGAAGAAAUUUGGCCAAGGCAUAGGGGUAGCAGAUUUUGUCACCGUUAUUACAGGGACAGGUAUUGGAGGAGGAGUGAUUCAUCAGCAUGAACUUGUACAUGGCAGCUCAUAUUGUGCUGGUGAACUGGGCCACAUCAUGGUGUCUUUAGAAGGACCGGAGUGUAUGUGCGGCAGCCGUGGCUGUAUUGAAGCAUAUGCAUCUGGAAUUGCUCUGCAGAGAGAUGCAAAGAACCUGCAUGAUAAGGACUCCCUAUUAGUGGAAGGAAUGUCCUUAAAGAAUGACGAGUCUGUUACAGCUGUUCACCUUAUCCAAGCAGCAAAGCUGGGCAACACAAAAGCCAAUGAUAUUCUGAAGACAGCUGCUACAGCUCUGGGUAUUGGGAUUGUGAACAUUCUUCACACCAUAAAUCCACAGUUAGUUAUCCUCUCUGGUGUCCUAGCAAACCAGUACGUCACUGUGGUGGAAGAAGUGAUCCAGAAAAGAGGAUUAGCUUCAGUCCAAGAUGUCAGUGUUGUUGUAUCAGACUUAUCUGAGCCAGCUCUACUGGGCGCAGCGAGUAUGGUCCUCGAUUAUACCACCCGCAGAACAUACUAGACUUCUAACAGACUGUGAUUGUACCACCAUGCCCAUAUUCCACUUUCUUGACCAAGUCAAACUUUUGUCUCUGGAUGAAGCUGGUUUACAUGAGCUCAGAUUUUAUCCCUUUAAUAGUACAAAGGGAUUCAUCUCUGCUAUGUCCCCCCUUCCCUAUUUAAUGACAUGUUGAAUUAGGCAUUAAGUAACAUCGUGAGAUAUAAGUUUUUAAUUUUUUUAUUAUUAUUUUUGUUUGUUUUGACACGUGCAGUGGAUGAAGUCUCUGCAUAUUAAGAAGUUCAGAACAAACGACCACAUACAUAAUUGUUGCCAUUGUUUUAUGUUAACAGAGGAAUAUAUGUAUUUAUAGGGUUUUUUGAGACAUGAACCAAAGCAUUUGUAUGUUUUGCUUCUCAUUGUGGAGCAUCAUUUAUAAUAUCUAUGGAAUCUCUCUAAUUUAUAGUUUGAUGUCUGCAUAUCAUUUUAUUUAUAUUUUGUACAGCUAGUGUCACAGCAACAGUGCUUUCUCAAAUGUGAAGUAAUUUGUUUAUUCAGACCUUUGAUAUAAUUCUGUAAAUAUCCACUGUAAUCUUGGGGUUCUUAUUUGUAAAAAACAAAGAACAUGUUCUUUUAGAGCAUUGUUUCACGUCACUUUACACACUUGUUACUUUUCCAUGUAUAAUUUAAAUUGCAUUCAGUGUUUUGUAGGAACCUAGUAUGAAAAAGGACUAUGCCCUCUUUUUGAUAUGUUUGUACAAGUACUUACACUUUGCCCAUAGCAACCAAUCAGAUUAUAGCUAUUAUCUUCUAGAAGGUGUUAACUAUAAUCUGGUUGCUAAUGGGCAACAUCUCCACUUCUAAAAACCUGCAGUCUGUUUUGAUGAUUUUUAUUUUUUUAUUAUUAUUUUGGUUUGUAAGCAUUCAAAUAAGCUUUAUUUCUCUAUUACGUAAUACCCUAUUAUAACACUUAUUCUCCAAACAACAUGUAUGCGCACAGAAUGCAACACUGACGUGCCCGUUGAGCGGAGUUAGUGUGCCUGGCUUUAUUACAACAUUACUCUUGUGAAAGGAUCAUUAUUUAAUUUGUACAUGCAGCUGAACAAUGCCUUUUAAAAAGGUUACUGUAACUGGAUUACAGUUGUAUUACGUACAGCUGCUAACGAGCUGCUUAUUUCAGUAACUCUUAUACCUAUUGUAGUGAAAGCGCAGACUGAAAUAACACUAAUGGGCAGGAUCAAUGAGCCACAGAGUAUACUCACGGCAGUUAAAUCAGAAGCCAAAUCUCCACGUGUAAAGCUCCAGAGGGUGCCUUUAACGUGGAUUUUUCCUUACAGCCGCAGCUGUUGCAAGGAAAAGUCUGCAGGACUUAAGGUGGAAUCUAUAGGUUACAAUGCGGGGAAAAUGCUAAAAAAUGUAAUAGCUAUGGGCGUUAAACCUGGAGCUUUACCUGCGCUGUAAACACCAUGGACAAUUUGCUCUUCUAAAUGCCAAUACGAGCAAAGCUGAUAAUUGCAUUCAAAACUUUCUUUGUAAUUAUGAACCACUUUGUUACUGGAAUGUUUUAUAACAUGUUUUAUACAUUAAUGUCGCCAGAAUUUACUAAAUUAAGUAGCUUUUUUACAUCUUCUGGAAGCCAUUAUGGAAUCCUGUGCUUGCAUUGUAUGUCUAUAAUGUAACUUAAGGUGGGUACACACUAUGCAAUGUGCUCGGUGAGCGACAUCACCAAAUGUUUCCCCUACGGGGCCGGGCUGCCUAACAGUGGGUAUACACACUGUGCGAUAUCGCACAGUGACGUCAUGGUGCGGCCGGCCAGAGCAUGCAGCUUUGGACAAUGAGUCCAAAUUGAGCUGCAUGUACAGCCGAGCCAGAGGGUCGUUAACGCAUCGCUCAUCGUUGGCUACAUACACACUGAGCGAUAUAGUAAACUAUAUCACUCAGGAGGGGAAAAAUUAGCAAUAUAGUUUACUAUAUCGCUAAGUGUGUAUGUACCUUAUGGCCUGUUUCUCACACGCUGGUUUUGACUGGACGGCAAAAAGCUGGACAAAAGUUGUCUGGGUUUUUUUGGGGCUGGCCUUGCCUUUCACACAAAACGGCUUUGAGCCGUGUUUAAUGCUGUGCGCAUGCGCAGCAGCACAAAAAACCUGGUAUGUGUGAAAGAGACCAUUCACACACACACUCCACUGCCUUCAGGGACAGCACGGCCCAGCAGCCGUCCUAUUCAGUGGAUAUUUCAGGCUGUAACACAACGACUGUGCCGUGUGAAAGGACCCAAUGGGCUUAUGUACUAAUUACAAUCCCAGCACGGCAAAAAGCUGUCUGGGAGUUUUCCGUACCAGUCCGUGACGGCUAGUGUGAAAGGGGCCUAACACCUCUCCUCAUGUUUGUUUGUUUUUUCUUUAAUACCAAAUAUUAGGUAAUAGUUCUUAUUUAAUGAAACUGUCUGCAUUCCACUUAUUUUAUUUUUUCCUCAUGGCAGUUUUUAUUCUUUUAACUUGGUACUGCAUUGGUAAUGUACCAACAAUUAUAUUGUAAUAAUGACUGUUAAAUGAAUUUUAGUGUAAGCAAACACUAUACAUCCCUUCUUUAGAUUUUGACCAUGUUAUUUCAUGAUAUGUUAGCAGUGUCAGCAACUGUGUAAAUAAAAUGACAAUCUAUUUAAAAAAA